GUUUCGAAAAUUUAUUUUCUCCUCUCCAUCCUUCUCUCUUCCCUAGACACGACAGCAUCAGCUACAGCUACCCUACCAAUCAAUACCUUCAGCUCCUUGGGGGGUUACUCUUUUUUAUCAUGUCGCGCAAGGACGAUACCAAGGCCCAUGAUGGCCAGGUCACUGUCAAUGUUGAUGACUUCACCAGAACCCGUGAAAGUGUUCUUGUCAGCUUGUCUAAUCUGCAGGCGGCGGUCUCGGAUUUGACUCGCGCCUAUAUCAACCAUACCAACACUGUGUUGAACCCUGGUCUCUCUACCCUUGACUUGGGCCACGCCAGCAACAUCACUGCUGCGCUUUUGGAGAAUGGAUUGCUGGGCGCCCGCUCAACCAGCCCUGGCGCCAAGUCCGAGGUUGGCGAGAAGAAGAAGCGCAAGCGCGCUCCUCCUGACCCGAACGCACCCAAGCGUGCCCUGACCCCUUACUUCCUGUACAUGCAACAUAACCGCCCCAUCAUUGCGCAGGAAUUGGGCCCCAGCGCUAGGCCCAAGGAUGUCUCCGACGAGGGCACUCGUCGCUGGGCUGAGAUGCCCGAGGCGCAGAAAGAGGUCUGGAAGAAGCUUUAUGCUGAUAACCUGGCCGUCUACAAGGAAAAGGUCAAGGCCUACAAGGCUGGUAAGCCUUGGCCUGAGGAUGACAACACCAAGGCGGCCAGCCAGCUCCAGCUGGACAUUGCUGGCGCAUCUGCCUCGGGUGGCGAAGAGUCCGAGGAGGAGCAGGAGGAAGAAGCGGACGAGGACGAGGAGACCGAAGAGUCCUCUCCGGAGCCGGUCAAGGAGCCCACUCCGCCUCGUGCCAACAAGCGCCGUCGCAGCGAGGUGAAGACUCCAUUGAAGAAGAAUGAAUCCCCGGAGAAGAAGAAACGCACCUCUGCGCGCAAGGGCAAUGAAAAGGACAAGGAGGAGGAGCCACCCGCUUCGACUCGCAAGGCUGCUGGCGCCGACGCCAACGCCAAGCGCACCAAGAAGAAGCGCAAGAGCGAGGUUGGCGGUGAUGAGUAAAUGAGGAACAGAUCUUGAUUGUUCAUAGCUGUCGUGCGCGUCUACGGUGCUUGAAUGGAUAUACAGUUUGGUUUUGUGCAUCUACUGGUUGAUAGUUUGUUACCAAGUCUCUUGAAUUCUAAAAGUUCAACAACUGUG